UACCACGUUUUCGUGCGCUGGUUUUUGCACUCAGCGUUGACUUCAGUUGGGUUUGAGGAGGAACCCAACCAAUAUGGCGGCGACGCUGUCACGCUCUCCAGGGCUUGCCGUACUCCAGCGCCCAGUGGCGCGUCUACGUUUUCAUGUCCACCAAACACGUUUCAAAAACUGACCAAUCACAUUCUACGUAAGCAUCACCAUUUCCGGGUUUACUUCUCACGCUGGUCAAUGCACGUUUUCCUCUCGGUUCAAGAAAAGGACAAGAUGGUUAAAUCAAAGUCAAAAUCCUCAGAAAAGAAGAAAUUAAACUCACAUGACAUUAAAGUUCUUUCAGAAGAUCUAAUGGAGACAAAAGUAACAAAGAAGAGGAAAUGUGUUGAAGUUGAGGAGCUUCCUGCACAGAAUAACUCUGUAACAAGCUCACCGAGUGAACAGAAACCCAAAAAAGGCCAAAAGAAAAAGAUGACAGAGGAAACACCCACAAGUCCAGCUGAGUACCCAGAUCCAUCCAGCUGUCCUGAUCCAUCCAGCUGUCCUAAACUGACAUGUGAGCCAGAGGGAGCACAGGACCUGAGCCCUGAAGAGAGGCGGGUUCUGGAGAGGAAGAUGAAAAAGAUUCGGAAAAAAGAGGAGAAGAAGAGGCUUAAAAAGGAGGGGCAAACUACUCUAAAAACACAAGAUGUUGGACCCAGUGCUUCCAAACAGGCCCAGGAUUACCUCACAUGCUGGGCUGAAAACCGUUCAGCGUGGAAGUUCCAGAAGAUCAGACAGACAUGGCUGCUGCAGCACAUGUUUGACUCGGAGAAGGUUUCAGAUGAGAAGUUCCCAGUGCUUCUACAGUAUCUGGAGGGUCUUUGUGGAGGAUCCAAGGACACUACUGUGCAGAAGGCUUUAUCUCUAGUGGAGGAAUCCGGAAAAGCCCCAGAUGAUGCAGUUGUCCAGCAGAGGGCGCACAGAGCCAGAGAAGUUAUUCAGCUGCUUUCCUGAACCCAAAGGAAAUCAGAGACCACAUCUCUGACUCUGCCAUGUGUUCCCAUGAAGAAUGUUUGAAAGACACUUUUUAUGUUUUAAUUACCUUUUUAUUUUCCCCAUUUGUCCUUUCAUGUGAAUUCAGUCAAUAAAAUAUAAAAACAGGACAAGGUA